UUAAACCUUGGUUUCUCCGUCUUUCUUGGAGAAAACCUAUUCCAUGUUGUUUACCAACAUUACUAACUUUAUCCACACACACACACACUCUUUAUAAUUUUUGAUUAAUUAAUCAAUUAAUUAAUGAAUUGAUCACAAUUACCAACUAUGUUUAUAACUCUUUCAUUCAUUUCACUAUUUUCAUUUGAGUUCUUCAAUGGCAAUUCCUUCUUCAAUCUCUGAUCCAUUUGCUUCAAAGUUUCUACCUUUAUCUUCUUCCAGUUAUAACCCAUCAAGGAUCUCUGUUCCUGCGCAAAUUACGGCUAAAAUUGAGCAGACCCAUUUGACGGCAUUAAGGAGAAGUCAGUGUUCUUCUUUAAAGGCUUCUAUGGGAUCUCCAGGAUUUACUCAGCAACUCAAUAACAGCAAGUUAGAUACUUUAGCAGAAGUUAAAGACGGACGUGAUGAUAUAUUUAAUGAUCUGAAGGAUAGAUUUUUAAGUUUUAAGAAGAAUGUAUACAUGGAAAAUCCUGAACAGUUUGAAAGUCUUGCCAAGGUUCAAACGCCAAAGUUCAUGGUUAUUGCCUGUGCAGAUUCCAGGGUAUGCCCCUCCAAUAUUUUGGGAUUUCAACCAGGAGACGCAUUCACAAUCCGCAAUGUUGCUAAUUUGGUUCCUACCUUUGAGAGUGGACCCUCCGAAACAAAUGCUGCAUUAGAAUUUGCAGUGAACACUCUUCUGGUUGAGAACAUCUUAGUUGUUGGCCACAGCUGCUGUGGGGGUAUACGCGCCCUUAUGGGUAUGCAAGAUGAUGGCAGUACAAGCUUUAUCAAAAGUUGGGUUAUUCAUGGAAAAAAUGCAAAAGUGAAAACCAAGGUUUCUGCUUCCAACCUCGACUUUGAUCACCAGUGUACGCAUUGCGAGAAGGAAUCAAUUAACCAUUCCUUAGUAAACCUACUUAGUUACCCUUGGAUCAAAGAAAAGGUGGAGAACGAAGAACUCUCUAUUCAUGGUGGUUACUAUGACUUUGUUAAUUGUUCGUUUGAGAAAUGGACAUUGGACUAUAGGGGAACCAAGCUGGAGGAAAAUGGCAGAAUUGUUACAAAAAAUAAAGUAUUUUGGUCCUGAGUUUUUACUUCUAUUUCCUUGAUCGAUGUACCAAUUCGUGUGUCUAAAAUUUAUACCUCUGGGACUAAAAGCAUAGAUUGAAUAAUGUUUUUUUGUACAAUAAUUACAAAAUAUUGUAACCUAAGUUAUUUGAGCAAACCCCAACCAUUUCACGUGUCUGUAGAUUUGUACUUAAUGAAUAAUGUACAACAGAUAUUUUAGUCCGUGAUGAAAUUUUUCCUUUACAUAU